UCAGACCGGGAGAUUGUGGGGUCGCUGCUUUUCUGCAUGACCAAGCACUACCCCACAGAAGUCGCCACGACUUUGUGGAGGAGGUUUCCACCAACUGACAGGUCUGCCCUGCCACUCUGGGAGCUCAUGUUCUCCAUGCCCGAGACACUGGAGGAGCUUUUGAAGAGGCUGUCCCUGCUCCUGCAGGACAAACAGGAGAAGGACUGUGAUGCCCUCCCUGAGGACUCCUGCAUCCUUCUCUUGGCGAUGCUGGCCUUCGAGGAUUGUGACAAUGAGGAUAUUGUGGCAAAGUACAAUAUCUGGAGGAUUCUGAAGCACUCGAACCCAGUGAUGCUCUCGCUGGUGCUCAGGGCCCUUCUGACACUGUUGGAUAGAGCCAAGAUGGCACGAAAAAUGCUGGGCCUCCUCCCAUACGUGAUGGAAGUCAUCAAUGAUGGCAAUAGCGACAUCGUGUUGAAGGCCCUGCAGGCCAUUUUUAGAGUGAUGGGUUACCUGAAGAACGAAGUGAGACCUCUUGCUGUGCAGCUGACAGAAAAGCUCCUGCCUGUCUUUAAUCAUGAGUCCUGGAAGGUGAGAGAGAUCUCCAUCAUCCUCUUCAGAGACCAGAUGAAGAGCGUGGUGUGCAGAAACAAGAAACAGAUGAAGAACUAUGUGCGAAUGGCCCUUCUCCCGCUCUUCUUUCAUUUGAACGACGAAACAGAGAGGGUGGCCAAGGCAUCCGAGGAAGCGCUCCUGGCUGCAGCAGAGUUCCUCAGAUGGGCGCAGCUCAAACAUCUCAUCCAGACGCAGCAGACAUGGGCUAUUGCGGAAUGCUUGCUGGCAGAGCACAGGAGCAAGGCUGAGGAAUACUUAGAUCAGAGUGUGCCAUACCUGAAGGAUGCUCAGAAAGACUUGCGCUUGGCAGCCAUGAGGUUCAUCGGGCUUGCUGCACAACACCUGAGGAGCCAAAGCCCAGAGAAGACGUCAAGGAUCUGCUGCGUCCUUGAGCCCAUGACAGAAGACAGCGACAUCGCAGUCCGUUCCCUGGCUACACAGACCAUCGUCAUCGUGAGCCAUCCAAGGCAGCAGUCAAGAGCCUGGCGCAUUCUGGAAGCGCUGUGUUUCUGGGGCCUCUGAGCCAGGCAGAGGCGCUGGAGGUGCCUGCAGGGACAGAGGUCAUG